UCAUCUUAUAAUAGGGUCCCGUUUCAUUUGAAAUCAUCAGAGUAACAGGACUGAAUGACUGUAGUGAUCAUUUCAAUACAAAACAGCCAAAAGGCGUUAGACUUCUUAGUGGAAGACAGAAUAUCGGUUAAGUCGUGGUGACAGAAAAUACAAAAAAUGAUUAUGUAAGUACUGAACGCUUGUGUAAGUAACAUAAAGCAAACCAUUUAAAGGCAAUGGUUCUACCAAAACAUGUAAACAAACUUCUCAAAUCAGCUAGAGAAACGAUUAUGUAAGCAAUAAUAAUAAAAUAAAUAAACGUGGUUUAAGGUAGGCCUAUGCUCAGGCGAUAAGUCACCUCUGGAGUAACAAAUGGCAAGCGUGUACUGUUAGGAUUGCUGAUACGAGUGAUAUAUCGUGCUCUCUUUUAUUCCGGGAGAGAAAUCGUUGUGUCCCAAAGAUUCGACGCCGAGGAUUGUGUAUAUUAUAUCUUUGGUCAAUAGAAGUUAGAGAUACUGUGCCAUUUUAUGGUCGCAACGUCUGUGUACUUCUCUCAUCGGCAGUUAAGAGUUUAUCUUGUGCCUCUGGGGAAAAAAUGAAUAAGGAAAAAUCGCAGUGAAUUGAGUUGUAUCUCAGUGUAAGAAUGAAAUAACGUCUUGCCGAUCUCUGUUGAAAAACAAAGUGAGGAAAAGGAAGAAUCUUCUGAAAGAUUAUUCCCAGUCAAUAAAUGUAAUUAAUUAUUCCCAUUCCUGAAAGCAGCGUGUAAGAUAACAUUGCGGCGUUUGGAUACAGAAAGUGAAACUUGUGACCAAACUAGUGAUUUAAAUAUACCACAAGAAAGUAUAUGUUAUAUAGCUGCCUAUUCACAACCCUUCAAUAUAACAAAUUCGCAAGUCGAUUUACACAAGGACUAACUUCUUAAUCGUGUUAAAGCAAAACGCUUAGAUAAUUGCCAGAGGAAAUUCAAGUGAAAAACACUGUCCAGUGAUAAAAAAAAAAAAAUCUCGUCAUCAAGCCAACCUUUCCCAAACUUUGUUAGUAAAAAAGUAGGAAAGGAAAAGUUGUUGAACGUGCCACCGAAAAAAACAUCCAAUUUAGACCAUAUGCAUCACCCGACGUAGUCAAGGAAAGGGAAAAAUACCAACUUUGGAAUAUCCAACGCCGGCCAUCAAGGAGUCAUGAAAGGCAUGAGAAUUGCCUUUUGUGGCAGAGAAAGUGGCAUGGAAGUGGUGGAAAUGAUCGUCAGGAAAAUGACUGUGCUGGUAAUGGUUGGAAUGAUACUUAUGACGACAGUGUCUCUGCCACAGUCAACGGUGGCGGCCAGAGUGGAAGACCGCGCCUACUGGUACGCCCAAGCCAAGAGCCAGUUGGACGACAUCCUGGCCGCCCGCAGAGCCUCCAACGGCUACGCCAAGAACGUGAUCCUGUUCGUGGGCGACGGGAUGGGCGUGGCCACGGUGACGGCUGGCAGGAUCCUCAAGGGCCAGAAGGAAGGCCUGAGCGGGGAGGAGUAUAGGCUCUCCUUUGAGAAGUUCCCUUACGUCGCUUUGGCUAAGACGUACAACAUCGACGCCCAAGUAGGGGGUUCCUCGGCCUGCGCCACGGCUCUCAUGUGUGGCGUGAAGGCUAACGUGAACACCGUAGGACUCGACAGCAGGGGCAAGUUCGAAGACUGCAGGUCGUCGUUCACAGCUGGCGUUACGUCCAUCAUCGACUGGGCGCAGAAACACGGCAAGAGCACAGGCAUCGUGACCAACACUCGCCUCACCCACGGCACGCCCUCGGCUCUCUACGCCCGCUCGCCCUCGAGGUACUGGGAGGACGAUGCCAAGGUUCCUGUACACGCCCAUGCAACCUGCAAGGACAUCGCUCGUCAGCUGGUCGAGAACGAACCCGGACGUAAUAUAAAUGUGCUAUUGGGAGGAGGUCGUCGCCACUGGAUCCCCAUGACCGAAUUCGACCGCGAGGAGCGAGACCAGAGAGGACGAAGGACCGACGGGAGGAAUCUUCUAGAUGCUUGGGUUCACGACAAGAAGACACGGGACCUCCAUGCUGAAUACGUGUGGAACAAGGCCCAGUUCGACAGUGUGGAUCCGCGGUACACUGAUUAUCUCCUAGGAAUCUUCGGGUAUUCUCACUUGGACUUCGAGGUGGACAGAAACAAGGGACCCACAGGUGACCCUUCCCUGGUGGAGAUGACCGUCAAAGCCAUUCAGAUCCUGCGCAAAAACCCACAUGGCUUUUUCCUCAUGGUCGAAGCCGGCCGCAUAGACCACGCUCACCACCACAACAACGGGCGGAGGGCGCUGGAGGAGAUCGGCGCCCUUGACGAGGCUGUGAGAAACGCCCUCAACAUCACCCAGCCUUCAGAGACGCUCCUGGUCCUCACGGCUGACCACUCCCAUGUGUUUACUUUUGGGGGAGACAACACCCCCCGCGGACACCCUGUCAUGGCGGGACGUCUCGAUCACGCGCAUCACUACAACAUGGCAGCGCGCGCCCUAGACGAGGUGACCCGCCUGGAGGAGGCGGUGAACGCGGCCCUCAAGCUCACCGACGCCUCCAACACCCUGCUGGUGGUGACCGCCGACCACUCGCACACCAUGACUUUCGGCGGCGCUUCGGUUCCCCGCGGCAAUCCCGUCCUCGGAUUCGACAAGGAGACGAGUGACCUGGAUGGUAAGCCCUACACCACCCUCCUCUACGGCAACGGCCCAGGGUACGCCCACACCACGCCCACGGGCAGGCAGGAUCUCACGGGCUUCAACACGCAAGACAUCAACUUCGUCCAGCAAGCAGCAGUUCCGAGGAAGUACGAGACCCACGGCGGGGAGGACGUGCCGGUGUACGCCUACGGGCCCGGGGCGCACCUGUUCUCGGGCACGAUCGAGCAGACGUACAUCGCGCACGCCAUCGCCCACGCCGCCUGCAUCGCUGAGGACAACAGUCACUGCGAGAAGCCGCCCAGUGAUGACGCCUGCGCCGCCGCCCCUGGCCCGGCGCCCUCACCCACGGCGCGCCGCCCACUCGGCCAAACCACGCCCACUGUCGAGGUUCAGAAGCAAGAUCCCAAAGAUCCGUGGGCGUGGAGCGCUGGCUCUCGGGCGUGGAUGUGGACGACGUAUCACGCCCUCACGCUGGCGAUGGUGCCCGUGGUGCUGGCGCUGCGCUGAGACUCCUCGCCUUGUCAUACGAGUCUGCGCCGCCGCCCACCCCCUCUCCCGCCCUCCCCCUCCCCCAGGGGAAGGGAGUCUAUCUAGAGACAGAACGCCCACGCCCCCCGAGCCGAGGCUAAACGGGGGCGCCACAUUUUGUUAGAUUGUCUUAGGAAGAAAUAAAAAAUAAACAAACAUUGCAACAGAUUUCUGAGCUUGAAAGCUUCAUAACAACACAGUAACAAGCUGUAGUAUAAUAUAUCUAUGUAUCUAAGAUAAGAUUAAAUAAAUUAAUUGCAUAAACGAAGAAAACAAUAUAUAUAUAACAGAAACAAGAGAAAAACCAAGCAGAAUUGUACAUGUAUCUUUAUACGGGCCAGUGAGACCAUCUCUCAUAUUCAGAGACGCUUGGGACACAGUAACGGAGAGCCGGACAGGCAACUCGCGCGUCUCUGUCUCUGAAUGUGAGGGCAUGAGUGAAGGAUAAUGAAGAGACGAGAGACAAAGAGUGAUUUUUGAACGUUAGGCUUUAGAGUGCAAGUAACUACCUCUCUGCAUGGAGACUGCCGGUGGAUUAGUUGUUUCAGCGUUUGACAAUCAGAGAAGUAUGACGCCAAGGAAGGAAGAGACGGGAGUGCGAAGAGUGGAGUUUUUGUUUAUUUUUUUCGUGUCUCAACGUGUCAAGAUCGAUGUAUCACGAGGGAUUUCACUGACCCCUUUUUUUGGAACUCUUAUAUAUAUAUAUCUCUUCUUGCGACAAAGAGAUAACGAGACAAACGUUUUUUUGAAGUCACCCCUCACUCCUUGAAAGUCCCAUACUCCCACACAAGGAAAGGGGUCCUCGUCUUAGGAAAGAAGGUCGUAUGACGAGUGAAAACAGGAGCUCCUCUGAAGGUCUUUGUUAUUUAGUGUACGUGUGUUCCGAAACCGUAUAUAAAAACAAUUUAAAAAUUAUAAAAGAGAGAGAGAGAGAGAGAGAGAAGAAAAACGAAUGAAAAUGGAGGUUAAAAGGAAAAUAUAUUUUGAGAUUGGGACGUGGA